UGAAAUGCUUCUUGGGUCUGAGACACCUCUUUUAAUUGUUAUUAAUUGUGGGGAUCCUAUUACUCUCACUCACGAAUUUCUUAAAUUAAUGUUGCAAUUAGAACAGAAUGGACGCUGAAAAGAACCGUACGUCGCCAGUAAUGGCUGAAAAAUCUAAAAACGACAUUCCAAGCCAUAGCGAAACUUCUAAAUCUAAACCCAAACUAUCAUUCGGAAUAAGUCGAAUUCUGAGCAAUUUUGAGGAGAAAAGUGAGAAUGUUGAUUCGGAUUCUGAAUCAAAUGAUGGAGUGGAUCCCAGAGGGGUAGAAAGCAAUAACGAAAAGCAACCUGGACAUUCUACAUUUUAUCCCUCGCCUCUGUUACCGGGUGCCUUAUCAGCGCCCCCUGUUGGAUACUGUGGGUAUCCGGGCCAGAUUUCAAUUCACAGACCACAUCCCAUAAUUCCCAUGUUGACGUCAUAUGGAAUUUCCGGGUGGCUUGACAUGAGAAGAGACAGAUUUGGCGUUACUCGCAGGAUUGGACACCCAUAUCAAAACAGAACACCCCCGAAAAGGAAGAAGCCGCGCACCUCUUUUUCUCGUCUGCAAAUCAUGGAACUGGAGAAAAGAUUUCACCGCCAAAAAUACUUAGCUUCAGCCGAAAGAUCCACCCUAGCAAAGGCGCUGAAAAUGACUGACGCACAGGUCAAAACGUGGUUCCAGAACCGCAGAACAAAAUGGAGGCGACAAACGGCGGAAGAACGCGAGGCUGAACGACAAGCAGCCAAUCGCCUUAUGCUUAGUCUUCAAAACGAGGCUAACAAAACUAUUUAUGACGUCAGAGACCCUUUGUGCAUGAGCAACUCAUCUUUACAUGCCCUUCAAAAUCUUCAACCUUGGAUGGACGAAAAUUCUCAGUCAUAAUCGUGAUGUGCCCUAUAUAUAUUUGGGUGUAUGAAAACAUUCCUUAGACUCUUCUUAAGUGUUUCUCGUUUACGUCAUUCUACACAUGACGUCAAAUUUCAUAUAGAAUAUCGGGAAA